UCACCUAUUCCUUCUAUCCAGAGAUGCUGCCUGUCCCGCUGAGUUACUCCAGCAUUUUGUGUCCAUGUUGUACAUGUAUAUGUCUUGAUUGUACUCAUGCAUGGUAUGAGUUUAUUGCAUAGCACACAAAAUAAUGUUUCACUGUAUCUCGGUACACUUGACAAUAAUAAACAAAUACCAAAAGCGACAUUUGUGAAUAAACCAAAACGUGAAAUCAUAACUGCCAGAGGAAAUGUUAAGAAACAUAGAAAUUAGGUGCAGGAGGAGGCCAUUCGGCCCUUCGAGCUAUGCCAUCUGUUUGAAAUUCAUAUUUGUUUGGUGCUGAUACAUAACAUGUUACUCUGCCUGGUGAAAGCAUUUUUCAAUUCAGUCAAAAUUGCAAUUGACAAAAAAAACCUUGAAGAUUUGCCUGCCUUCCUUAAAAGCUUGAAAGAUCUGUUUAAAGCGUUGUGUUAAAUUUCCCUGAACAGAUUCAUUUAAAAUAGUAAAGAAUAAAAUGCUAUUUCCAUGCACCUACUAUGAUCUUUGGAUAUUCCAAACAUUAUAAUAGCCAGACAAAUACUUUGAAACAUAGCUAAUUUUGCAUGUUAAAAUCAUUUUACAGAAGGAAAUAUGAUACAAGAAUAGCUCCUCCCAAAAGUGGGUAGUGUUACAUCAGGAUGUAUUUAGCUGCGAGUACGAAUGUAUUUCAUCUAAACUCCGAAUCUACCUGUUGAGUUGUUAAACAUGGUUUCCACACUUACAAUACUCGUCUUUUCUUGUUGGCUCUCAGUUUUACAUGCAAUCAGACGCUGUGAUAACUCUCAUCAGCCUGUAGUAAUCAGUGCUCCAGGAGACAUCAUCAUUGGUGGGAUCUUUGCGAUCCAUGGAAAAGUGGAGUUGGCAAACCGAACACAACCAGGAAUAUUAAACUGCUCAGAAUUUCAAAUUGGCGAAUUCAUCACAGCCCAGGUUAUGGUGCACCGUAUCAAGCAGAUAAACAAUUCUCCCAUGCUGCGGGGCAUCAAAUUAGGAUAUGAAAUUCAUGACAGCUGCACUGAUGUCGUCGGUGCAGUACAAGCCACCAUGAAAUUUCUUUCAAAAUUUAAUUCCUCGGAAAAUAGCAUUGGAGUUCACUGCAAUUAUACAAACUAUGUACCUGCUGCAAAAGUGAUUGUGGGGAGUUCAUACUCAGAAAUCUCAAUUGUGAUUGCAAGAAUGUUGAACCUUUACCUCAUCCCACAGAUAAGUUACGGGGCAUCAGCAGAAAUACUCAGUGACAAAACAAAGUUUGGAUCAUUUUUCCGGGUUAUCCCUAGUGACAAGCAUCAAACAAUGGCCAUUGCCCAAUUGAUUGUACAUUUCAAAUGGAACUGGGUUGGAGUCAUUGCAACUGAAGAUGAUUACGGGCAGUCAGCACUUAACAGUUUUAUCCUGCAUGCACAGAAGCAGAGUAUAUGUGUUGAUUUUCGUUUUUUGAUCCCUACUGCGAGUGGUGAAGAUCAGAAAGUUAAGCUGAGAGAAAUUGCAACAAAAAUUCAGAAUUCAACUGCACUAGUUAUGGUCACAUUUAUUAGGUCAUCUGAUAUCAGCAAACUGUUCGAAUUAUUGAUCGCUAGACAAGUAACUAAAACCUGGAUUGCCAGUGAUACCUGGUCCGAUUCCAGCACGGUUGCCAACAUGACGCAGAUCGAAAAAGUAGGAACUAUUUUGGGCAUUACAUUCAAAAGUGGAAAAAUUCCAAAUUUUGUUGACUAUUUGGAACAGUUGCAGACACAUCCCAGCAAUGACGACGAUUUUACUAAAGAAUUUUUAAGGAUUGCAAGUAGUAACCCAAGUUCCCAUGAAAUUUCAAAUGAAAUUGAAAAGGCCGAUAACUCGUUUAACUAUGGUGUAUACUUAACAAUCAAUGCAAUUGUUUAUGCCCUUAAGAGAAUGCUCAAAUGUGAUCAAGGAAAGUGCAAUCGAAGUUUUGAUUUUCCACCAUGGCAGAUGCUUGAUGAAUUGAAAAAUGUCAAGUUUAUGACUCAAAAUGGACAAUUUCAGUUUGACAGUUCAGGAGAUUACUCAAGUGGCUAUGACAUCAUGUACUGGAAAUGGAUGAACGGUUCUAUACAAUUUGUAAAAGUUGGCGACUACAAUGUGACAACAAAGUUGAUUAAUAUCAAUGCUGAUUUCAACCAAAUUGCCAAGGUUGGACUUUAUCGUUGCUCAAGAACCUGUAAACCUGGAGAGAGAAAGACCAUUAUACCUGAAAACAAUUGUUGUUACAGUUGCAGUGUCUGCACUUCGGGAACUUACUCAAAAGAAAAUGAUUCGACCGAAUGCAAGAAGUGCUCAGAAAACUAUUGGUCCAAUACAGGAAGUUCAACUUGCCAAAAAGCUACUGUGGAUUUUCUGCAAUGGGGAGAUCCCCUUUCUAUUGUGCUAAUCAUAUUUGCCAUUUUAGGAACACUUAUUGUGUGUGUGGUAAGCAUAUUGAUUACAAAACAUCUGACCACACCUGCUGUGAAAGCUGCUGGAGGUUGGAUGUGCUACAUAAUGCUGUUAUCACUGGUAGUUGGUUUGGUCAGUUCUAUAUUGUUUAUUGGAGAGCCAUCUAAUCUAAUUUGUAUAAUUCGACAACCACUUUUUGGCAUCAGCUUUACGCUUUGUGUUUCUUGCAUUUUGAUUAAAUCCUUUAGGGUCAUCUUGGCUUUUAGUUUUAAUCCAACUGUCCAUAAAAAUCUCAAGCUUUUUUAUAAGCCAGUUCCCAUUAUAGUUAUUACCACAGGAGUUCAAGUGGUGAUUUGUACAGUGUGGUUAUCUUUGAAUCCUCCAAAAAGUAUGGAACGGAGAGCCAAUCCCCAAAUGAUAUUGAAGCAAUGUGAUGAAGGGUCCCUUGAAGCAUUUGGAAUAAUGUUGGGAUACAUUGCUUUACUAGCUUUUAUCUGCUUCAUUCUUGCUUACAGAGGAAGAAAGGCCCCCAAAAUGUAUAACGAGGCAAGAUUUAUCACAUUUAGCAUGCUUGUUUACGUAAUUGUGUGGAUUUCUUUUGGAAUUGUACAUGCUCAAGUGCUAAAGAACAAAUAUUCCUCAAUAAUUGAAUCAAUUGCAAUUUUAGCAUCAAUCUAUAGUAUUUUAUGUUGCCAUUUCAUUCCAACCUGCUAUGUAGUUUACUUCAAGAAAGAAAGUAACGUUGAGUCAAAUUAUCUGACCCAUGCCAGGGAACAUUUCAAACAGAAAGGACAGUUUGUGUGUCCAGUUGUAAAAAUACAAAGGAAUUCUCGAGUUUCUAUUGAAGAACAGCUUUACCCCGUGACAGUAGUGAGCGCCGGCCCUGAAAAUGAAUGCUCCAAUAAUCAGCAAACUGAACACACAAACCAGAACAAAUGUUUCAAGAAUCAUAGAGUUGCAUCAAUCUGCUUGAGAAAAAGACAUAGAAGUUGUUAAUUGCUUCUAGCCUACAUAUGAAAUCUCAAGGAAAAAUACUGGAUACAUUAUUUUCAUAUUAACUGCAUUGUUACAAUUAGUUUAGACAAUAGAAAAGCACAGAUCCAUGUUUCAUCCAUUGAAAUAUUAGCAGGUGAAUGCUAAAAUCCAUAUAGCAACUAUUUUAAAGUCACCAUUAACCAACUUGAACUGUACACUUGUACCCCACUUAGCACUACCCUACAGAGCACUGUUUCAUUACAAUAUCAGUCAAAAAACGCAGGUACAAACCCAAAGAAUUUUCAAAGAGACGUCCACUGAGACCACAAGCUGUUAUAUCGGGUAUCUGCCAUGUAUGCUGCCUUCCUCACUGCGGUGUUGGGAACCAGGCAUUAACCCUUGUCCUCCACUGACAUCAGUGCAGCUAAAUGUCGCCUAUAGCCCGGUGUGGACAGGCUGUCUGUGAGAGCUGGCUUUGGGAACAAUGGUUCAUAAAUUCAUAAGUUCUAGGUGCGGAAUUAAGCUAUUCAAAUCUAUUCCGCCAUUCAAUCCAAUAACCCCUGACACUGUAACUAAUCAAGAAUCUAUCUAUCUCUGCCUUAAAAAUAUCCAUUAACUUGGCAAAGAAUUCCACAGAUUCACCACCAGAAAGGUGCAGCCACUCAGCACUCAACGUUGAGGCUCAUGGCUGCACCCUGGCACACUGUGUGUGAAUCUCGUUAGACCUCAUUUGGACUACGCAGUUUCAGCACGGGACCCAUACACAAAUAAAAUCAUUUCUUCCAUCGAACGUGUCCAAAGACAGGCAGCUCGAUUUGUUACUAACACUAUGAGAGAGAAACGAAUGUUACCAAACAUCUGAAUUCACUGGGGUGGAACCCUCUCCAAGACAGACGUGAAGCUCACCGUUUGACCUGCUUUUACAAAAUGUUAAAUGGUCAGCUCGACAUGGAUUACAAGACCUACACCAAACCCAAACCAAUUAGGAGCAGACGAGGGCAUUCAAUCCAAUUUGUGAUACCAGCUACCAAGACAGAUGUGUACAGCAAUUCGUUCUUCCCCCGCACAAUUAAAGCAUGGAAUAAUCUCCACCCUACCAUAGUUACCCAACCAGAUGCAACUAAAUUUAAGGUUGCUCUUUCUUCCCAAAAACCCUUUCUGGCUUAAGUCCUCCCUCCACCACCUCCAGUUUAAAUUUCAUUUGGAAUAUUUUGGAGGACCAAGAAACCAAGAACCAAGUUCAUUUCCAGGGACAGGCAGCACCUAAUCUAAGCGUUGACAGGAUGGGAAGAUGUUCCAGUUACUCGGGAUCUCUCAGGUCUGGUGUAAGCUGGUGUCUCUCCCCACCCUAGCUCUCACCAGCUGAGAAGCCGCCAUUUUAAGGUAAAGGGGAAAAGAUUUAAUAAGAAUCUGAGGGGUAACUUUUUCACACAAAGGUGAUGGAAUAAGCUGCCUGAGGAGGUCGUUUUAGCAGGAACUAUCCCAACAUUUAAGAAGCAGUUAGACAGGUACAUGGAUAGGACAGAUUUAGAGGGAUAUGGACCAAAUGCUGGCAGGUGGGACCAGUGUAGCCGGGACAUGUUGGCCGGUGGGGGCAAGUUGGGCUGAAGGGCCUGUUUCCACACUGCAUCACUCUAUAUCACAUUCAAUAGGUUGUGAUGGGAGGGACGGUAAGGUCCAGGUGGCAUGUCAACACGUAGAGAGGAAACACUGCCAGCCCGCAGAAGUGGCCCACACUCACAAUGCCUGACCAACCUAACGGCAGCCCUCGCCGGUACCCUCUCCACACUGACACAUGAGGCAAUUAAUUGCUGGAUUCAUCCAGGUUUCCCAGCACCAGGGUGUUGCAAUGGUCUCUGCCUUACAGCACCAGAGUCCCGGGUUCGAUCCUGACUAAGGAUGCUGUCUAUACGUAGUUUGCAUGUUCUCUCUGUGAACUGUGUGGGUUUUCCCCAGGAGCUUCGGUUUCCCCCCAAAACUUCAAAGACGCACAGGUUUGUAGGCUAAUCGGCUUGGUAUAAUUGUAAAUUGUCCCGAGUGUGUGUAGGAUAGUCGUUGUGGACAUCGUGGACUCGGUUGGCCGAAGGGCCUGUUUCCGGGCUGUAUCUCUAUAUCUAAAUCUAAAUCUAAAUCACCAGAUUGUUGGGCAGAAAAACAUCCAGAGGGCAAGAGUGCAUACCGGGUUCCACACAAAGCAGCACCACCAGUAACACAUCUCUCUAUUCAUAAUAGUAUUCCAACUAGGAGUGAGGCCACAGGCAAACCGCACCUCAUAUUUAUUUUGCAUGGGUGGCUCACAACCCAAUGGUAUGAACAUUGAAUUCUCUCAUUUUAAGUAAAUUCCACUCAUACUCCUCUCCUCUGCCCCCUCCCUCCCUGCCUGCCCCCUUCUACAUCACCCAUCUUUUUUGCUCCAGAGAUCCUGCCUGAGCUGCUGAGUUACUACAGCACUUUGUGUCUACGUAUCUUCCUUUAGCACUGACUGUUAGUUUUCCUGAGAACACACUGUGUAUGAUAAGUGAGGUACCAGAGAUAGCCUGAUUUGAAUCGAGGCUGCUGCAGGAAUCACUGCUUGACAGGUGCAGGGAUUUGCAAUGUUGUACAAUGGAUGAGAACAAGCACUUAAUGGUAUAUCCCUAAAUUGUCCAUUUGGGGUAUAGUUUGUUGAAGUGGUGCACUGUCGGGCAGCACAGUAGUGCAGUGGUAGAGUUGCUGACUUACAAUGCCAGUGACCUGGGUUCAAUCCUGACUGUGGGUGAUGUCUGUACGGAGUUUGGACAUUUUCCCUGUGACCACGUGGAUUUUCUCCGGGUGCUCGGGUUUCCUCCCACAUUCCAAAGGCAUUCAGGUUUGUGGGUUGAUUGGCUUCUGUAAAUUGUCCCGAGUGUGUAGGAUAGAAGUAGUGUACGGGCGAUGGCUGGAGGGCACGGAUUCAGUGGGCUUAAGGGCCUGUUUCCAAGCUGUAUCUCUAAACUAGACAACUAAACUAAAGAUGCUCUUGAUGUAUUCAAUUGUUCCUUUAAAUAAGAUUUUCCUGCGCUCAUCCUAUCCUCACAGGCUUAGCACUGUAGGAUCAGCAUUACCCCUGGGAUGGAAAGUUGUGGGCUUUUAGAAUCCUUGAGUUUUUAUCAAUCAGCCAAUUAAUUUUUUUAACUAUAUUGUUAUAGAGGUUUCUUUCAACUGUGUAUACUGAGAGAAAUAUGUGUCAAACACUGAGCGAAUAUAUUAAUGUUCUUUAAUAAUCUGUUUUUACGACUUAGGUUUACUUUGUUCACCAAUAUUUGAAAAAGUCGACAUUUUGCAUUCUUAUGUUAGAACUAAAAAUAAAUUAUAGUUUGUAGAGUAAUUUUUCAAUUUGUUGAUAAUAAAUGCUUCUAAUUUACGAACGAGGGUAAAUUAUGAGCAAUUAGUAACCUAUUUUACAUGUAAUACUUCUUAACCAUGUACAGAAAUGAUCAAAGGUAGACAAAAAUGCUGGAAAAACUCAGCGGAUGAUGCAGCAUCUAUGGAGUGAAGGAAAUAGGCAUCAUUUCGGGUCGAAACCCUUCUUCGACGCCCGUUGAGUUUCUCCAACAUUUUUGUCUAUCUUCGAAUUUCCCACAUCUGCAGUUCCUUCUUCAACAGAAAUGAUCAAUUCUGCUUUGUAUCUCCAAUGCAAUUGCACAUUUGUACUGUUCACUUAAUUUAUGUAUGUCAGCUACAACAUUUAGGAAUAAAACAUUCUGAAUUCUUGAAGAAAUGCAUAGUGAAAUUAAAUGUGACAGUCCAUUUACAAACAAUUUUCCACUGUUUGAGCUGAAUCCAGCUGUGACUGACAGAAACUACAAGUCAAUUGAAUAGUCCAGCUGCAUGUUGAGGCAACAUUUUGUAUGGACAGUUGUCCUCUUCCAACUUAAAGCAGUUAAAGAGCUGUAUUAAAACUUAGAAGGAUUCAGCCACUGAAAGACUGCAUGUGUAGUCAAAUCUUACUGCAGCUUUUCAAUCAGUUAUUUUUAUGGACAACAUUAACAUCAUAUAAUAAAUAAGAACAAUUAAAUCAUAUUUAAUAAAGAUAGAUGGGAUAUUCACGACUUGAUAUUAACAUAGAAACACAUGUGAUGUAAUCCAGUGCUAACAUUCAACAGUAUGUUAGAAUGUGUAGGAAGGUACUGCAGAUGCUGGUUUACACCAAAGAUCGCGCCCAGAAGCUGAUAAACUUUGUUGAAUGAUUUUGUAAUUUAAUAAAUGGUAUAAAUUCUGUGGAAUUCUGUGGUAAUUUUUCAAUUUGUUGAUAAUAAACAAUUUUAGAUUUGUAAAGUUUGUAAUUUUUGAAAGUAAUUUAGCUGAAAAAUAUGCACAUGCCCAUUUAUAGUUACACGCAAAGCUUAACCCCAUAAAUGAAAUGCGAUUUCAGAAUGAUGCAGUAACUUACAUUAUUUAGUAGCUUUAAUGGAGAGAAACAUUCACAAAAUACUGCACAAAAACAUACACUUGGAAAUAACACUAAAUCAUAAUUAGCGAAGACAGGUAACAAUUUGUUACCUGUCUUUGAAAUCAGUCAUCAGUUUGAACAAACUUUGAAAUCAGUCAUUGUUUGAACAAACUAAAACAGAGCCUAAACAAAGAAAUUAAGUUUGUAAAACAUGAACUACAAUCAUUAGGACCUAGCUGAUUUCUGGUUAGUCUUGUGUUCUUGAAAGAGAAAGAAAAGACAAGUGUCUGAUCAUUGAUUUUAUAGGUAGAUGGACGAUUGCAGAAGGAAUAAUUGUAUUACCUGCAUGUCAGUAUAUGUGGGUCAGUAUCAGCAAGAUCCUUCAACUUUCAAUUUGCCCCAUUUAUGUUAGGAAAUGCUGACUGAGGAAUUCCAACAACUUUACCCUCAUUCGGUACUGAUAAGCUUGAACACAGAAGGCCUAUAAUUUAUUGACAGCCAAUGAAAUUUGGUAUUGGAAAGAUUUUUUUAAAUGCAACCUCUUUUAUCAAUGCACAGAAUAAGGUUCCGAAACAUAAAUAAACUUUAACCAUCAUUUUGCUGUGUUUUAUUAUGAACUUUAACCACACCACAUGAAAUUGAAUGAAUUAACUUACAGUAAAUAAAAUAAAAAACUAAUCUGAUUGAACAAAAAGUAACAGUUAGAAUGACAAUUAAUGCCAGGUUGUUCUAUGGACACAAUGGU